UGGCCGCGGUGACAGACACGGGGAGCUGUCAACCGUCAAGCCUGGGAUCCGCCUAAAUUUCGAGCCACGCGGCGGGCCGAUAUCGCGCUGCGUUGCGUAUCGUUGCGUUGCGUCGCGUCGCGUCGCGUCGCGUUGCGAUGCACACGGUAGAUCAGCACGGGACCGCUGGCGGGACGCAUCGAGACUGUCGGUAAAACACACACGACGAGCCAUCGCCGCGAGCGUGCGUCACUUGCUGACUCGCACGCAUGCAUGCACGCACGCACGCACGCACGGUAUACGUAUGCUCGGGACCCGCGACCCGUUUCCCCUCGUGGACGUUCACUCAACUCCUCGACUGGCCUUUUUUGCGAUCGUCGCCUCUCGCCUCACUUGACUACGCGUCGGAGGAUAAUCGGCUCGUCAACGAGCGACCGAACGCACGCCGCCUCGCUGUCGCAUGGUGAGGCAAGUGUGCCACUGUUUCGCCGUAGAUACAUCUCGCGCCUGUGUCAGGAUCGUUUCCUAGGAUGGAGGCGAUUGUGGAAUAUAACUAUGCGGCGCAAGAGGACGACGAGCUGACUCUGAGGAAGGGUGACAUCAUCACAGACAUCAGAAUGAUGCUCGGAGGUUGGUGGGAAGGCACCUUGCGAGACAAGCGUGGCAUGUUUCCUGAUAAUUUCGUCAAGGUGAUAGAUCCAAUCACAACCAGCGGUGGAAGUAGCGGCAGCAACAGUGAAACCAUAAACAACGCCAAGUCUGAUGAAGUAACUUUGAGGAACGGAUCGGGCAGACGUUUCUGCAAAGUCCUCUUCAGUUACGAUCCUUGCAACGAGGACGAAUUAUCUCUAACGCCGCAAGACUCCAUAGAAUUCAUAGGAGAAGUGGAAGAGGGAUGGUGGAGAGGUCGCCUCAGAGGCAGAGUCGGUGUGUUCCCCUCGAACUUUGUUUCUCAUCCUGUUCCUGAGGAACAGGACAAACACAAGGAUCGGGAUAAAAAGGAGUUGUGCAGAGUACUCUUCCCUUAUGAGGCAGCCAAUGAGGAUGAACUUACCUUGGUCGAGGGAGAGAUCGUCACACUUUUGUCCAGGGAUGCACCAGACAAGGGUUGGUGGAAGGGAGAAUUGAGGGGACAAGUGGGCUUGUUCCCUGAUAACUUUGUGGACGUUAUCGGUGCGAAGAACGAACACCAGGAACAGGAACAGUGGUACGAUUCAGCAUCGCAACUCAAUACAAAGUCGAGCAUUAGGCAUUCCUAUCAGAUGAAGAAGAGCGAAAAGGCACACGUUAGAAAAAGUCUGGACUCUAGGAACGUGCAUCCGAGUAAUAUAUCAGAUCACUUCCCCGCCAUAGACAGCACCAAAAAGGUCCUGUCGACGUCGUCGUCCUCCGUAUCGACAUCAUCCUCGUUGACGGGCACCGGUACCGGAAGCGGAGGCGGCGAUAAGAAAACGGCCGGUGGCCACUCGAUUAUAUCGAGCCUGAAACGUCUCGUGAGCGACGUGGGGAAUAAUAACGGUAUCGGAAAUACGAGUGCCGCGUUGGGCGAGGAGCUGGACGGCGUGGAGCGAGGGGAAGGUGCGCCGCUUUCGCAUUUGACAGCUUCUCGCGCUAAAGCGCCCCGUCGACGCCCGCCUUCUUCGCAACAUCUGCGCCAUCACGCCGCUGGAUCUGCUAGUGCGAGCUCAGUCCCAACUCUACCGUCUGUUCCCAGUACUGUUCUGGAGGACGAUUUGUCUAAUGGACGCGCCGACUCCGCGUUGGAGCAAAUAACGGAUGAAGAGACAGACGGGCUUGCUGCGAAAGCGAGGAGAAAAGCACCAUGGGUCGAGGAAUUGAAGAUGAAUCAGAUGGAGAGGAGAAAGAUAGCGGUAGAACGAACGGAGAAAGUGGAGAUAAAGAAAGAACGAAAUUCCUCCAGAUUGCUGACACAAACGAACGUCGCGGAUGCUGACAACGACGAUAGUAAGCAGAAAGAGGCGAAAAGUCCGAGAGCCGACAUAAGCCCCCACGCUGAUCACAGUCCCGCUACGCCAUCCGGACAGCCGGCCUACGUUCCAUAUGCCCUCUAUAGCAAGUUAUUGGAGAGGGUCGCCGCGUUGGAAGAGAAGCAAGCAGUAUUGCAAGUGACGGUAGGACAGCUCUCCGAACAGCUCAUACCUCUUCUCGCGAAUGCAUCGAUUAACAACAAGGUAUAAUACGUACGGCGUGAAGGAGAAUGAGAAAGAGAGGAGAGAGAGAGAGAGAGAGAGAGAGAGAGAGAGAGAGAGAGAGAGAGAGAGAGAGAGAGAGGAGAAGAAAAUCGAUAGUAUAUUUAUCUCUGCCCGUAUUACCAGUGUGUUGUUUUCUCAUUGCGCCAUUAAUGAGAAAGAAACUAAUGCUGCUGCUAGCAUGUAAUGUUUAUUACUAUAUUAAUGUUGUUAUAUAUUUAUUCAAUUUUUUGGUAGCAUCCGUUUAUUGUUUGCUCCGUCAAUGCAGUAUUCGUAUGGGCCGAUUUUAAAACGCAACAUUCCACAUACGACAUUCUUCGCCUGCAGAAGUAUUAUAUCCCGUCAUCUGGUUGCUUAGUUGGUUAGUGUCAUCUCCGAUCAUUUUAACAGAUCUCAUUCUGCCUGCCGUUGUGUCUCCCCCUUCCCCUGUUUUCACAGUCCCGGCUAUAUUUUACGACUGUUUAUCCAUUUAGCGUUCCCAGUCGCAAAAAUGUCAUGAUUUUGAACGACUCUAGCGGCUCCGUUUCCUUUGAUUUCAAGCUCAUGACACAUAUCAGAAACUCGCAACAUAAAUCUUCGAUGUAUAUUUGCACAUAUAUUCUAGAUUGUUACGACGAAAUCUUUCCCUCCCCCACAUUAUAUCAGUAGCACGACAGAUCUUGCGACUUGUGAUUUCGUUUCAAAAACGAAAAGAAAAGGAGAAAGAAAGGGAAAAAAAAUAGCGCAAGUGUCCUUCCGUGUGGUGGGUGCCCGUGCUCAGUUUUUACCAAUUUGCAUUUAAUUUGUUAUUUUAUAUAGAGUUACUCCUUUUGAGUACACGCGCGUAUCUUCUGAGAGAAUUUGCGCGAGAUCGCUGAUUAUUUUUUAAUAUCUUAGUGUCAAGCGGUAAGAGGAAUCGUGGAGGAGAGAGACGAAAACACGUACUUAAAUUCGUAGCUGUCGCGAUAAGACGUAAAAACAGCAUUUGUGAUCUUUCAUCUUGUUUUGUCCAACGAAUACAGCUGCCUCGCGUUCAUCGUGUGAUGACUUGCCGUAAGUUUCUCGAGUGAUCCCUGUGCCAAUGCAAAGCGUUUCUGUUCGCCGCAUUUUUCCCCGGGAUGCCUCAUUCGACGAUAGGAGUAAGCGAUCCCUCGUCGUUCGUCGGCGAGUGAUAUAUCACCGAGAUCUGUGUAACUAGUAAAUGACUAUGUAAUGACCCGUACAAGCCUAAAUCGACGCCGAGCGUACGUCGAGCCAUUAUUUUCCACCCGCUUAUCGAAGCAUAUUCCAUUUUGAUUAUGUCUUCGAAACGGUGCUAAUAACGCGAUAUGUGAUAUAUCGUAGUGUGUCGCAUGGUUAUAAUGUACCCCCGUGUACAGGGGAAUGAGGCAGCGAGAGAUUCGUGAGAGAAAAAGUUUCUGUUGUCCUGGAUAAAAGUAUGGUGACAUAACGAUAAAGCUCUACGCGCACUGUAGCCCACUUAAAGAUGAGGAAAGAGGAGAAAGAAAAGAAAAAAGAAAAAAAAAAAGCGAGAGAAAACGACAGACUAGCAGAUUUUAUUCGAUGUAAUCGCGAUGAAUCGUGUUGAAUAUGAAGAAGAAAUGAUGUUUUUAUUUUUUUAUGACGACGGAAUUUUAAGUGGACACGGUAUAAAAGUAACGAAGAUUUAUUAUAGAUAUAUGAGAGGAAUACGAGAGAAACGAGAAACGCUAUUUAAUUUUUUAUAUCGGUAUUUCACGAGACAUAGUUGAUGCUUUAGCUAACAAUAGCGGACUGAAAGGUUUUCCUCCGAUAGCAUUCAGGUUCAGGAUACAGAUAUCUAUAUCUAUAUACAUAUGUAUAUUUUAUUCUUUUCUGUUGAUUUUUUUAAAGAGAGAGAUUACGAAUAUUUCGAUGUAACAUACAAAUCAUUCGGAAAUCUAGCCGGAUUUAGUUUUAUCGUAUUUAUUCGGUCACAUACGCACACACAUUUUUUAUUAUUUUAUUUGCACGAAUUUAUACAAUCAAUUCGUUCAAUCAGCACUCGCCAGUUACGCGACAUAUAACGCUUGCGCAAGAAAAUCUAUACUUUUCUGGGGCGACUCGGUUAUUCAAUGGUGUGUUUCGCGAAUAGCUUUUAAUUGACACGUUGCAUUGACACGUUUUUACAGAUAAAUUUUACGAGAGAAAAAUUUACAUUUGCAUUAAAGUGGAGUAUUCCUCUGUCUCAAAUUUAUUUCACGAGUAACAACGUGCGUUUUAAUUGUUAAUCUAUUGCGUAUCAAAAGUCCGUCCCCAAACUUCGAAAAAAGAUCAAUGAGCAGAUUCGUCGUAUAAUCGUUUCCCUUAUCACAUAAGGUUGUAUAAUAUCUUCAUAAACGCAUUUUUUAAUUAAAAUUUCAUACACGUCGUAGUAGUUUGUAACGCGAUCGUUUUGUGUUUUUUUUUUAUUACUCAUUUUCCUUAAGAAAUGUAUUAUUGCUACAUCGCCCGUAACGUUUAUUUUAUUUUUAAAGUAGCUUGCGAUACGCGCAAGUACCAGAUUUUGAAGAAAACUCUCACAUCGCGAGGCACACUGGUUUGCAUGACGGUUUAACAAAAAUCGAGAAAGCGUGCGUAACCUUUCGUGCAAACGUCGUAGAAUCGCGAGAACAGCUUCCACAAAGUUCGACGAGCUGCGAUUGAUUAACAAAUUGGUCCAACAACGUAGGGAUCUGCUCGUGUCUGUGAAAUAUUGAUUCAGUCAAAACGUUCGAAUCGAUUUUCCGUUUUCUUCAACGGCAAAUCGACGAUUGUUACCUUCUACGAUAGAGAUAUACGAGGACCGCCAAAACCGUUUGGCGAUAACUCACACAGACAACGACGGCAAUUAUUCGAUCGACGAGUAACCUGCGUCCGUUGAACGGACCAAGAGAUCAAAUCUCCUUGAGAAAUGAAAACCUUUUGACUGACCCGAUAGAACGUCGCGAAUGAUUUCACGAAGCGCUUUCCUUCUGUCGAAUUUCACGCGAGACUGCUCUGAUUUGUGGGUACGCAACAAUUUCAUGGUUCGUUUCUAAUCUAAAUGUGAUAUCGCGACUCUCUUAAUCGGCAUCCAACACCGACCACGCUUACAAAAAAUAAGAAGAAAAGAAUGUUCGAAAAAUGUUCGACAUAACGACGAGACCACGACGACGACGACGACGACGAUGACGAUGACGUAACGUGCUCGCAGUCGUAUUAUAUCAUACACUCAUAGCGGAGAAGCACAUCUUUUAUACUUUUAUAUUUAAGCCGCAGAAUAGAUAUCAGACGAAAAGAAAGAAAACAAGAAAGAAAGAAAAGAAAAGAAGGUUUUAAAUCGGCGACAACACUUUUUUACGUGGAAUAUGUUAAUUCAUGUUCGUACGAAGAGGAAGCCUCUGUUUGCGAAACGUCACACUAACGUCACAGUGCACACUCUCGCAGAUACGACGCGUGACAAUAAUAAUACAUAGAUGUUAAGCGAGCUCGACAGAACGUUUGCUGCGUUUUGUAAUCGCGUUUAUUACAAUUACAUCUCGCUAAACCCAAGCGAGCGGGUCGUUCGUCCGAUCAGCGUGCGCUGCUCAGGAGCUCGAUUAAAGGGUAUUUCGGUUUCGUUUUUAUUAACGCGCGCCCGCGCUCCUUUGGACGAUAUUUUUACAACGAAUACAACUCGUUCGUUAAGUAUCGAUCGAUCAGUCGUCGUUUCCGUCACUCCGUUACACAUGUGCGUCGUCUUCCCUUCGUAACCAACUCCUCGCGAUCCGAUUCACUGUAUAAUUGUAUUUUGCAAACGCACUUAACUUUUCUCAGCACAGCGCCAUCAGCGUUUUCAGAUGUAAACAAAUAGAGGGAGAGGGGGGGGGGAGAGAGAGAGAGAGAGAGAGAGAGAGAGAGAGAGAGAGAGAGAGAGAGAGAGAGAGAGUACACGCGUUGGCGAUUUUUAGUUAUGAUCCGUUAUUUAUACACGUGUUAUCAUACCGUACGUAAAUCGUGCGUUCUCCGCAUCGCCGUCGAAGAGAAAAAGAAGAAAAAAAAAAGAAUAAGAAUACUUCGAGAGAGAAUUAAUUAAACGCGCCCGCUAAUUUGUAAAUACCACAGCGUUAUACUAUCGUCACUUCGCGAUUUUCCGCGUGCGUCGACAGAAUACGCGCGCGAGAGAUGAUUUCGCGACGAGAAGAGAGCCACAUCGCCACAUUAUUAUCCGAGAAUAUCGCGCCCCGAGUACACCACUAUUGUCCUAAUACGCAGUUGGAUUAACGAUUCACCUAAUUGAUCGAUGUAAUCAUUAAUCAUGGUACAACAAUCUCUCUUAUACGCUUUCGAUUAUUAUCGGCGCUAUGCGAGCGAGCGAGCGAGCAUCGCCCCCGCGAAAAUAUACAAAGAUUAAUAACAUGCCAACGGCGAAACUUAUUUUCAAUUGUUGUUGAUGCUCGACAUCGAAUCUUAUCGAGGUGGACGGAACAUUUUCCUAUCGCACAUGUUGCGACCGCACGCGUCACAUCGCGCGUGUCUCGCAAACAAAAAAAA